GCGAACAAUGCAGUUUCCCGCCGCACCGUACCGUACCGUAUCAUUCACUCAUGCGUCGGAUAUCUAUCUGAUAAACUGAACGUGAACUCGCUUUCUUUAAUUAGUAUCCGGCUUUUUAAAGCUUGAUUUUAACCCUGUAAUUCCAUAUUUGGGGCAAGAAGUUCAUCAAGUAUAUCUAGAGCUAUAAUAUUACCAUGGAAGUCAACCUGAUUCAAGAAGCUGAAGAACCAAUUACGAGUGAGUACGUAAACAAGCCGGUGAGGCAGAUUCGUCGCCGUUCGGAUGUGUGGGACUUCAUGGAGUACCGCAUUUCGAAAACGAAUAGGAUGAAGUACAUUGAAUGCAAACUAUGCGGUUUGCAUCUAACCGCCUCGUCUCGGAGCGGUACCUCGAAUUUGAGGAACCAUCUGUUAAAUCGGCAUGCAGACCAAUAUCACCCAGAUUCUAUUCCAGAUCGACAUCGUCUAAAACACGGCCAUAUCCAGAAGUUUGCAGAGGGUCCAUUCUCAUCGAGUGAUAGUCCAAUCAAAGUGAAAGAUGAAGAGGGAGGAAAAGUGUCCGAAACAAAGCCGGGUGAAGCCGGCGAGAUGGUUGUCGAUGGGGGUGCUGACACCAGUACCACUACCAGCGGCAGCGCAGCCAACGGGACCAGUGCCAAUGGUGCGGAUGCCAUGGAUGCUAUCACAAAAACAAGGAACAUUGCAUUCAGUCAAGCUGCCAAGAGUAAAGCCCUCAUCAGACUACAGCAGUCAAAGAUGAAAAGUGCUAUGCAUUCUAAUUUGAGGAAGCUUGGAUGUUCCAAGUUCCGUGCCCAGGGCAUCAACAAUGCAAUAUUUCAAAUGGUGAUUAGCGAUUUAUUGCCAGUGAAUGUCAUUGAAGGAGUUGGAUUCAGGGGGCUUAUAGAGGCUUUUCAAGGGGGAUACACAUUUCCAACAGUUUUUAGUAUUGAGGAGCGCCUUCUGGCUCGAUUAGGUGUGGGAAGGACCAAACUCUCUGAACGGUUAUCAAGUGCUCUCAAAAUAGGUCUCACCUGUGAUCUAUGGACAGACUACUACAACAGGAACUUCAUUACAGUAACCUCACAUGUUAUCAGUGCAGAGUGGAAGAAUGAGAGCUGGGUCCUUGGUACGGUUAAGGUAAAGGCCAACGCUACAGAUGUAGAUGUUGCACAGCAAAUAAGUGAAGUGUGCCAAAGCUGUGGUGUGACGAUCUCUGAUGUUCCAGCUAUGGUGUACGGCACAGAUGGUAAGCAGUCUGUCGCUGACACUUCUGAAAGACUGAAAGUAUUAAAGUCUAUUUGUGCCUUUCUGAAUGUGGAGAGCAGACCUUGUGCAGGGGAACUCCUUGGAAUCGCUGUCCAGAAUGCUCUUGGCAUUCCAUCUAUUACCAAACUUAUACAAGAUGCUGGGCAACUCAUAACUCACCUUUCCACGGAUCGUAUCUGCCAAAGGCAAUUGAGAGACGCACUAAAAAACAAGAAGUCAUCUCUCACUCUGACCAUAUGUGACAAUUCUAGUGGAUGGCAAGUGAUAUCAGAUAUGUUCUGUCAACUGGCAGAGUUACAGGAUGUGAUUGGGCAAGUUCUUGGUGUAGACCUGGAAGUAAACCUGACAGAGUCUCAGUGGAAGGUACUUCAUGAGAUCAUCCAUGCCCUCCAAGGUGUGAAAGCAGCAGUGGCAGUAAUGGGUGAUGACAAGAACAAGUCUGGUUCCUGCUGGUUACCAGUCAUGCAUGGAGUGCUUCAGCACAUUGAUGUUCCCAAUGCCGAGGACAUUUCCGAAGAUGGACAAGUCUUCAGGAACAUCCUGAGUGCGGAGCUGAAAGCACGUUGUGAGCUGAAUGAAAUCCUUCCCAGCUCCUUGAUGAUGCAAGCUGCAGCAAUUGAUCCGAGAUUUCACCACCUGCGCUUCCUGUCCGAUGAGGAUCGGGUCCCAGUGAUUGAGGGGUUAAAGGAGAAACUGGCAGAAAACCACAGAGAAGACCAGCAUGAGAAUGCUAACGAUGAGAAAGACUCGCCAUUCUUUGCACUACUUGGAGAAGACGAGUUCAACAAGAAGAUUAUUAAGCCAGAGGAUGAGAUUGACCUGUUCAGGUUGGAACGUCCCGUUUCCAGAGAAACAGAUGCCCUCAACUGGUGGCGAUUAAAUGAGAAGCGAUUCCCUGGGCUCUCUAAGCUUGCCAAGGGUAUCCUGUGUGUGCCAAUAGCUGCUACUCCGUUGUGUAUGAGUGCGGAGACCAUGAGAUCCCUUGAGAACCGUAAACGUCUUGAUCACAUGCAUGUUGAUGCACAGCUCUUUGUUCACAAGAACACAGAAUUAUUUGACUAGAUUCACAUUUUGAAAUACUUAAGAAGGACUUUAGUGAUGAGAUUUCAAUUCUGUGCUUUUAUUGGUAAGCAUUGUAUUCGGGCCUCCAACAUGUUUUCACCGUUCACCUUUAAUGACAUUGUUUCGCAUUCAGUUACCAAGUGAUACACUUUUAGUACACUAUAAAUUUUGAAAUGCUUUUGAAUUGGGCAGCCUGCAUGUCUAAAUGAUUAAGAGCUGCUGUUGAAUUCUGAAUCUUAUUUCUUUUUCUCUUUAAAUUCAUUUCAUUUAAAUUGGUAAUGAAUUAGUAAUCUUAUUAUUUCUGUUACUCUUGGAUUUAGUAAUUACAAAAAAUAUGCAAUCAUAUAUUCCUUAAUCAAUUAUUACUCUAAAUGCAGCGUUGCUAUUGAUAGUAUUUCUUUUCUCUUGAAUUCAUUUCUUUUGAAUUGUAUUUAUUGGGAAUUUUUUUUGGGAUUAUUCCUUAAAAUCAACACUUAAUGGCCAAGUGUUGCUAUUGAAUUCUUUAUCUUAUUAUUUCUUUUACCCUUGGAAUAAUUUCUUUUAAAGGACAAGUCCAACCCAACAAAAAGUUGAUUUAAAUAAAAAGAGAAAAAUCCAAAAGCAUAACACUAAAAAUUUCAUGUAAAUUUCAUGUUUCAUGUUUCAACUCCUUCCUCAGUUCAUCUUGCCUAUUUCACUUUUACUUUCAUAUUAUGCAUAUUUAUUAACUUCUCUUGUUGUGCACCUUAUUUUUAUUUUCUGAAAUCACAAAUGCAUGACCAUCUAGGCACCAUUUUGUCAAUUUCAGCUCCGUUUGUAAACCAUUGAUUCUAUACUCUUUCACAAGGGUUCCCUUUAAACAGGAACAUAUUUCUAUUUUUGGGGAAAGAAAUUUCCAUUUUAAGUUUUAACCUGUGUGUUCCUAUUCCUGUGAAAACAAUUCUGUAGAAUUAAGCUUUAACAAUGUUCCUAUUUCUGGAAAUUUCUUAGUACCCCGGUAAUUUGUUCCUAUUUCUUGUCUGUCAUUGGUGGUUCAUGUAGGAAGGAUGUCUCUACUAUCCUACAUGCCACAGACUCCAAACAGACUUUAAAUGUUUAAUAUAACCAACCCUUCAAAAUAAUGUUGUUUUAAUUUAUACGGUGUGGUUAAUUCAGGUAUGAAUAUUUGAGCUGUCUUUAAAUCCAAUGAUGAUUGUCUUGGGUUAAAUGACUCUAAAAUACACAAAUUUUUCAAAACAUGUCUAUGUAUUCAUUUAGUAAAAAAAAAACAUAGGACAUUUUGCAAACUGGUGCACAAAUGGAUUCAUCUGGAGUAUAUUUAAGAGUUUAUCAAAUCAAGCAUUUUCUUUGUCUUGUUGCCUGUAAAUAAGUUCAUAUUUUUCUUUUAUCGCGUUUCUCAAAAGUUGAAAUGAAAUCCUUGGUUUCGUCCAUAGCUCAGGAGCAUGUAAAAUUACUGUGAGAAUUGUCAGAGAAUGAGAACUUGGUUAUCAGUGUUUACGAGCUUCAGGUUUGCUUAUGUAAUAAAUAACACAAUUAUAAAGGAUCACAUUGACACAAGGUUGUGUGCUUUUGUUGGAAGUAUGUAGCAACAAACUAUGACAAAAUACCCCUUCAUCACAAAUAUUGAUGUUUCGAUAUGCAGAGAUUUUAAUUAGUGAAAUUUAAUGGUUCACCCUUCCUUUUGCUUUGAAAUUUUUUUUAUUUGAUAUAGACAUAUGUGCCAGAUGGAAAAGUGGGCUUGCUCUAAAAACUACUGAAACUCCAAGUCUGGAUAUAGGAUUUCAGCUCGAGACAAACUAAAUUCAAUGCUUGUAGAAAUAGGGAUGAUGUGAGAAGGAAAAGAAAGUGUAGGACCAAGUUCAAGAUAAUUUGAGUGAGACAUAAGAGGUACUGGAUUUUAGGGGGUAUCCUCAAGAUAUUUUGCCAAGGUUUGUAAAAGGUUGCAAGAGUUCGUGAACAGUUUUCAUUGUUGCAAACAGUUUUUCUUGCAAACGUUUGCAAGAAGUUGUCACUGAAGUUACUUUUGAUUCGCCAAUUAUGGCACCAAAUCACCAUUAAAAUAAAAAUGAACAUUUUAUUAUUUUAUCCUGUUUGAAGCAGUCUGCAAACAGGGGGAAUCCCCCUUUAACUGAGUAGAAUGAGACAAAAAGGUUUUAUUUCACACUUGGGCCAUGGGAUACACUGUAUGCCAAAAAAAACAAACAUUAGUGUGAGUGGGCAUUUCAUUACAUAACAGGCACACUAUAAAUUAGGAUUCUAAAUAAAGGGUAUGAGGUUUCAUUGACAGAGAAAAUAAAAUCUGCAUUUCUCAUCUGUUUGUUAAAAAAAUAAAACAAUUGGAAGAUCAA